AUGUCGCUGCGUGGCUGGGUGACCUGGGUGUGUGCACACCUGGUGCUGCCCCAUCCGACCCCUCCCGGGCCUGGCGUGGGAGCAGGCAGCUGUGAGCACGGGAAAGCGGCUGCCAGGUGCCAGUCCCGGGUGGUUACCAGCAUUCAGUGUGCUCAGCAGGAUGACAGGUUUGUAGGUGGAGAGCUGAAUAUCUGUUACAAUGCUGUAGAUCGUCAUGUUGAGAAUGGACGAGGAGACCAAAUCGCCAUUGUUUAUGACAGUCCUGUAACAAAUACCAAAGAGAAAAUAACAUACAAGGAACUUCUUGAACAGGUCUCCAAGUUAGCUGAUGUCAUGGUCAGACAUGGUGUGAAGAAGGGAGAUCGUGUGGUCAUCUACAUGCCCAUGAUUCCGCAGACAGUGUACUGUAUGCUGGCUUGUGCAAGAAUAGGAGCCAUCCAUAGCCUGAUUUUUGGUGGAUUUGCAUCUAAAGAGCUUUCUGUCCGCAUUGAUCAUGCAAAGCCCAAACUUAUUGUAACAGCAAGUUUUGGAGUAGAACCAAAAAGGAAAGUGGAAUAUUUGUCCCUCCUAGAAGGAGCACUGGCAACGGUACAGAGCAAACCUGAUAAAGUUCUCAUUUACAAGCGACCUAAUUUGGGUGAUGUUCCUCUUACCCCAGGUCGCGAUCUUGACUGGGAAGAAGAGCUUGCAAAAGCACAGUGUUAUAAAUGUAUCUCUGUUCCCUCAGACCAUCCACUUUAUAUUCUGUAUACAUCUGGAACAACAGGCUUGCCCAAGGGUGUUGUCAGACCAACAGGUGGCUAUGCAGUUAUGCUGAACUGGACAAUGUCAGCUAUAUAUGGACUCAAACCUGGUGAGGUGUGGUGGGCAGCUUCUGAUUUAGGCUGGGUUGUUGGUCAUUCCUAUAUUUGCUAUGGACCUCUCCUUCACGGGAAUACUACAGUUUUGUAUGAGGGGAAGCCUGUGGGAACGCCAGAUGCUGGUGCCUAUUUCCGUGUGUUAGCAGAGCAUGAAGUAGCUGCCUUCUUUACUUCACCAACUGCAAUUAGAGCAAUCCGUCAGCAGGACCCUGAGGCAGCCUUGGGAAAGCAGUACUCUCUGAAAAGGUUCAGAACAUUAUUUGUAGCUGGUGAGCACUGUGAUGUGGACACACUAGAAUGGUCAAAAAAGAUCUUCAAGGUACCUGUCUUGGACCACUGGUGGCAAACUGAAUCUGGUUCUGCAAUUACUGCUUCCUGUAUUGGUUUGGGGAACUCUACAACACCUCCACCUGGACAGGCAGGAAAACCAGUGCCAGGAUACAAUGUGAUGAUUCUGGAUGAAAAUAAGGAACCAGUGAAGGCGAAGACUUUAGGAAAUAUUGUGGUAAA